GAAGUAGUGGGUGCUCUUGUCAGUUCGGAGGAUGGAGGAAGAGAGUCUGGAGGUCCGGAUUAACCGGGCCACAAACCCUCUUAAUAAGGAACAGGAUUGGGAAGGUGUUCAGGCCUUUUGUGAUCAGCUGAACCAAGAGCUUGAAGGGCCACAGCUCGCUACUAGACUUUUAGCACACAAGAUUCAGUCACCGCAAGAAUGGGAGGCAAUGCAAGCACUUACGGUUCUGGAGGCAUGUAUGAAGAGCUGUGGCAAACGUUUUCACAGCGAGGUUGGAAAGUUCCGCUUUCUCAACGAGCUGAUAAAAGUAGUUUCUCCUAAAUAUCUAGGCAGUCGCUCACCAGAGAAAGUAAAGCUAAAGAUUCUAGAGCUUCUAUACAGCUGGACAUUAGGACUUCCCGGUGAAGUUAAGAUAGCUGAGGCUUAUCAGAUGUUGAAAAAGCAAGGCAUAAUAAAGGAAGAUCCAAAACUACCACCGGAUGCUCUGAUUCCACCACCCCCUCCACGGGCCAAGAAUGCAAUUUUUGACGAUGAUGAAAAAUCAAAGAUGCUAGCUCGACUGUUAAAGAGUACUCACCCUGAAGACCUUCGAGCUGCUAACAAACUCAUUAAGGAGAUGGUCCAAGAGGACCAGAAACGUAUGGAGAAAAUUUCCAAGCGUGUAAAUGCCAUAGAAGAAGUGAAUAACAAUGUGAGGCUCCUUGGUGACAUGCUGAGCACAUACAAAGCUGGGCAGACUUCAGAGGGAAGCGAGGACUUAAUGAAGGAGCUGUAUCAGCGAUGUGAAAAAAUGAGGCCCACUCUGUUCCGUCUUGCCAGUGACACGGAAGACAAUGAUGAAGCCUUAGCGGAAAUCUUGCAGGCCAACGAUAGUUUGACACAGGUCAUCAACCAAUACCGGCAGGUGGUAAAAGGAGAGGAGGUCAAUGGUGAGGCUGCAUCCUCCAGUUUGCCUGCCAGCUCAUCGGCUUUGCUAGAUCUCUCAGGGUUGGACAUGAUGGCGGCUGCAACGCCUUUGUACCCUUCAGCGCCAGCCCAGCCCUUGCAGUCCUCCUUUGGCCCUCCUGCACAGGCCACCAACUCCAUGUCGCUGCUAGAUGAUGAACUUAUGUCCCUGGGUUUAAAUGAUCCAGUUGCCUCUGCACAGCCCUUAGAAUCCUCUGCAUGGAACAAUUUCCAGUCCCCAGAAACCAACCCGCCUGUUUCAAAUGAGAAAGUAGCUUCCUCCCACCCUCAGCCUGUCUCCCAGGGCAGCAAAGCCCUUGAAGACCUUGAUCUCCUAGGAAAGACUCUUCUUCAGCAGUCUCUGCCACCCACUGCACAGCAAGUACGAUGGGAAAAACCCAAUCAAAAGCCCACAUUACGUGAUCUCCAAACCAAAAACACCCAUAGUUCACAUGCCCCACAACCCAUAGUUGGUCAGAGUGUUGGUGGGGAACAGCCGGCUCUGUCUCCUGAGAAAAAAGAAAUCUCUCUUGCAAAUAUCAGUGUGCCCUUGGAGUCCAUUAGACCAAGUUGUAUCCUUCCUGUCAUAGUGUACGACCAACGAAGUUUUCGGGUGUUGUUUCAUUUCGCCAAAGAUCCCCCUCCAGGGAGGCCGGAUGUCCUUGUAGUUGUGAUUUCAAUGCUGAGUACUGCCCCCCUCCCUGUUACUGAAAUCAGCUUCCAGGCUGCUGUGCCUAAGACAAUGAAAGUGAAGUUGCAGCCUGCAUCAGGAAAUGAGCUCCCUUCAUUUAACCCCAUCCUGCCUCCGUCUUCUGUCACUCAGGUGCUGCUGCUGGCCAACCCCACCCAGGAAAAGGUUCGCCUACGAUACAAACUUACAUAUACCCAAGGGGACCAAACAUUUGAUGAAAUGGGAGAUGUCGAAGACUUCCCUCCUGUGGAGAAGUGGGGGGAUCUCUAGGACAUAAACAGAAGGCGGAAUCAAAGUGGGGGCAAAAACUUACGGGUAAAGAGUGUGGUGACCUUUCUGCUAUGUGGCAGCAUUGUGGCAGAGGGGAUGGCAAUCAGAGGGCCUGGACUGCACUAGAUACAAAAUCCUAAAUGCCGUGGCUGCUGUUUAGUGAGAGGUUUUAACCAAAGCCCCUUUACCCACUGCUGUAUGGAUCUUUCCGAAGGGUUAAUGUGAGUUGGGCACCAUUGUUAUGGGAAGAGGACCCUUAAAUCUCAGAUGAGAUUUUUAUCCCUGUCUUUUUGUUUGUUUGUUUUUUCUAAAGCUCUGCUUAACUUUGUCUUUACUGAAUGGGUCUAAAUACAUUGUGCUGAAGGAGGGGAGCAUGAAGGUCA